CCUGGCAUGGGGGGUGUCCCCCCGCCCCCUCCACCAUUGCCCGGCAUGGCAGAUCAUGUGGAAGCCGUGGUGGCCCCCCAGUUCAGUUGCCCUCUCGGCCUGGCACGGCCUCCCCACAAGACGGUGAAGACGCCGACGCUGAGGAUGAAGAAGCUGAACUGGCAGAAGCUGCCCUCCAAUGUGGUGAGAGAAAGCCACUCGAUGUGGGCCUCGGUGAGCAGCAGCAGCGAGGAAGCCAUCGAGCCCAACUACAGCAGCAUUGAGCAGCUCUUCUGCUUCCCGCAGCCCGCGCCCAAGGAGAGAGCGGCCGCCCCGGCCAGGGCCGAGCCCAAGGAGAUCACAUUUUUGGACUCCAAGAAAAGUCUCAAUUUGAACAUAUUUUUGAAGCAGUUUAAAUGCCCCAACGAGGAGGUGGCCGCCAUGGUCCAGCACGGCGACCGCACCAAGUUCGACGUGGAGAUCCUGAAGCAGCUGCUGAAGCUGCUGCCCGAAAAGCACGAGAUAGAAAACCUGAAGGCCUUCAAAGAAGAGAAAUCAAAGCUGGCGAAUGCCGAUCAGUUUUACCUUCUCCUCCUUCAGAUCCCCAGCUACCAGCUGCGCAUCGAGUGCAUGCUGCUGUGCGAGGAGACCGCCGUGGUGCUGGACAUGAUUCAGCCAAAAGCCGCAGCCAUCCGCAGAGCCUGCGAAGAUCUCCUGAGCAGCCACCGCCUGCCACUGUUCUGCCAGCUGAUCCUCAAAGUCGGGAACUUUCUGAACUACGGCAGCCACACAGGGGACGCUGACGGGUUCAAGAUCAGCACUUUACUGAAGCUAACGGAAACCAAAGCAAACCAGACCCGCAUUACGCUGCUGCACCACAUUCUGGAGGAGGUGGAGAGCAGCCACACAGACCUGCUGGAGCUGCCAAGGGACCUGGAACACGUCUCCAAAGCUGCGGGCAUUAACCUCGACAUCGUCCGUGCCGAGUCCAGCGCCAACUUGAAGAAGCUGCUGGAGCUUCAGCGAAAAGUCCUCUCAUCGAACGAGGACGUGAAGCAGCAGUACGAGAAACCCAUCCAGGACAGCAUUGAUGCCUCCAGAAAGCUGGAGGAGGAGUUUGAGACCAUCGAGAGGAAGAGAGAAGAACUUGCGAAUUAUCUCUGCGAGGACCCAAGCAAGCUGUCCUUGGAGGACGUAUUCAGCACCAUGAAGACCUUCAGAGACCUCUUCAUCCGGGCCCUAAAGGAGAACAAGGACAGGAAGGAGCAGGCUGCCAAGGCGGAGAAGAGGAAGAAGCAGUUGGAGGAGGAGGAGGGCAAGAGGCAGAAGGGGGAAAAUGGGAAAGUCAUCAAGAAGGGGGUGGUGAAGCAGGAGGAAGUGUGCGUCAUCGACGCGCUGCUGGCCGACAUCAGGAAAGGGUUCGUGCUGAGGAAGACCAAGAACAGGCACGAGGCGGACGCGCUGCCCAAAACGCGGCCUGCGGAGAGCCCGGAGGAGAGCCAGCCCGGAAAGAGCAUUACAGAUGCACAGGCAGCAGGAGAGCAGGUUGAUGGGCAGACCAAGCCAAACCACGGUGGGCAUCCCUCAGAAAGCACCUCCCACUCAGCCGCUGCCCCGAUGGAGAUGGGUGGAGAUGGUACGGAUGCCUCAGCCCCACACCAGGCGUUGUCUACGAACAACACCGGGGGAAAGCUGCCACCGGCACCGCAGCCAGAGACCCCCUCAGGGGCAGCUGACGGGGCCGGGGAGAACGAAGCCCCGGGCCCGGACUCGCUGCUGGACACCUCCCAGGAGAAGUCGUUCUCAGAGGAGCCGGCCACCGACUCCUCCUGCUCCGCAACGCUUCCCCCGGGGCAGGCGCACGGCGAGAGGGAGAAGCAGAGGCCAUCCGGGAAGCGGCGGAAGAAGAAGAGGCACAGCAAGAGCUCCUCAGCAGAGGUUGAGGCUGACAGCGGAGAUAAUAAAACCAAAAAAGGUUGUGUGGUGCACUGA